AUGAUACUUGUCACGAGAGCGCUGAAAAAGACAGUGGGAGAAGACAAUUCAAAUGCCGAGACUUUUAUUGUGGCCAAUCGGAAUGUCGGUACCGGCUUAGUCGCGUCGGCCGUCGUCUCGUCUUGGCUAUGGAGUACCAUGCUCUUAAGUACAGUUCUAGUGGCAUAUCAAUAUGGCAUCAGUGGCCCCUUCUGGUACGGUGCUGGCUGCUCGCCCAUGAUUGUUUGCUUCGCCUAUCUCGGAACCGUGUGCAAAAGCCGGGUACCAAGCGCACAUACCGUGUUAGAAGUCGUGAAGAUACGAUAUGGCACUGUUGCUCAUCUGAGCUUUACAUUCUUGGCGGUUGUGAAUAAUUUAUUCAACACGAUCAACAUGAUUCUGGGUGCUUCAUCAACCAUAACAUACUUAACUGGAAUGCACAUUGUGGCUUCCACAUUCCUGUUACCUCUUGGGGUGGUUAUAUACACGCUUACAGGUGGUAUCAAAGCAACCUUUCUGACGGAUUAUCUGCACACAUUCAUUAUAUUGAUUCUUUCUUGCUACCUAACCACUAAAGUGCUCCUGUCUGAUGAAGUCAAGUCGAUCGGUGGAUUGUAUGACCUCGUUAUUCGGGCUCAGCCCGACCAUGUCAUCGACGGGAAUUACCAGGGCUCGCUUUUAACCAUGACUUCCCAACAAGGAAUAUUCUUCGGAAUAAUUCUUCUUGUGUCAAAUUUUGGGGCGGUAAUAAUGGACACUGGAUACUUCACGAAAGCAUUCGCUGCAUCACCAGGAAGUGUUUUACCAGGCUAUGUUACCGGAGGAAUAUUUUACUUCAGCAUCCCAUGGGCUAUUGGGACUAUCAUGGGAAUGUCCGCUCUAGGGCUAGAGAGUUCAAAAUCGUUUCCAACGUAUCCACGAGCCAUGACACCUACGGAAGUAACAAAUGGACUAGCCCUGCCAUAUACAGCAAUAGCAGUAGCCGGAAAGGGCGGAGCUGUGGCUAUUCUUUUGAUGGUUUUCAUGGCGGUGACCUCCACUUUAUCCGCCCAGGUAAUCGCAGUAUCGUCGAUAGUUGCUUUUGACGGAUACCGAACAUAUUGGAAUGUCAACGCAACAAACAAAGAUGUGAUUCUAUGGAGUCGGGUGGGUGUCAUCAUAUUCGGGCUUGUCGCUGCAGGUCUUACUACUGUUUUCCACUAUGUCGGAAUUGACAUGGGCUGGACUCUAUAUAUGAUAGGUGUGGUUACAUGCCCGGGAAUUUUUCCUUUGGUUCUUACGUUCCUCUGGAGACGGCAAAGUCGGAUUGCGGUAGUUGCAUCAGCCUAUCUCGGGCUGGCAUCAGGACUCGCCGUCUGGCUUGGGACGGCGUACCGAUUUUAUGGUGAAGUGACUGUCUCUACGACAGGCCAGACUCUACCAUGCAUGUAUGGUACUGUCGUCUCGGCCUUCAGCCCACUUCUGUAUUCCGGUUUGAUUUCCCUAUUUGCCCCUUCGGAUUUUGACUGGGGAAGUCUGGCAAACAAGAGCCUGGAGGUAAGCCCAGAGAGUGAGUCUCACGAGCAGACCCAAGAAAUUACAAAAAGCGAAGAGAUUUUAGAGUCAACGCAAAGACGCUGGGCGCGAUACGCUCUUAUAUGGGCGAUUGCAACAUUCCUAGGUCACUGGGUGCUUUGGCCACUUCCUAUGUAUGCUGCGCGGUUUAUCUUCAGCCGGGGCCUUUUUAUCGCGUGGGUGGCUAUGGCAAUUGUUUGGCUCUGGCUUACAUUGUUGACGGUUGGUCUAUACCCACUGUGGGAUGGACGGAAGCGAAUCCUCCUGAUUUUCCAAAGAAUGCUUGCAUAA